AGAGAGAGAGAGCUUUGAUCCGAUUGUGCUUCUCUUGGUGCUCCGAUGGCGGGGGAGGGUUCGGCGAGUGCUGAUCCCCCUUUUGGGUUGCCGCAUCCGCUGCCGGUGAUGGCCAUGCGGGGCAAAAUCCUGGAGAAGAUACAAGAAAAUCGAGUCACCCUCAUCGUUGGUGACACUGGAUGUGGGAAGAGUUCUCAAGUCCCUCAGUUCCUCUUAGAGGAGGAUAUAGUGCCAAUAUUGUGUACACAGCCUCGGAGGCUUGCUGUUGUAGCCAUUGCUAGGAUGGUGGCUAAAGCUAGAAACUGUGAAGUAGGAGGUGAGGUUGGGUACCACAUUGGCCAUUCAAAUGUUUCAGAUAUCACAUCAUCCAGGUCAAGGUUGGUUUUCAAGACUGCUGGGGUUUUGUUGGAACAAAUACGUGAUAAAGGGCCCGCUGCGCUGAAAUACAAGGUCAUAAUUCUUGAUGAAGUGCAUGAAAGGUCUGUGGAGUCGGACCUUGUUCUUGCAUCUAUAAAGCAAUUUUUGUUGAAGAAGAGCGAUUUUAGAUUGGUUCUGAUGUCUGCCACAGCAGAUAUUGCAAGAUACAGGGAUUACUUCAAAGAACUAGGUAGGGGUGAAAGAGUUGAAGUGAUUGCCAUUCCGGCUGCUCCAAAACAGAAUAUUUUCCAGCGAAGGGUAUUAUAUCUUGAGCAGGUACCACUGCUUCUUGGUGUCAGUUCAAACACAUUGAUGGAGAGAUACUGUUCUGGUUCUGGUCCCUCAUCAGCAAAUGCAGACCUGAAACCUGAAGUACAUUCACUUAUCCAUCAGUUGGUAUUGGACAUACAUGCAAAUGAGCCUGAUAUCGAGAAGAGUAUUUUGAUUUUCCUCCCGACUUACUAUGCUCUGGAGCAACAGUGGAUUCUCUUGAAGCCCCUUUGUACGCUUUUUAAAAUUCACAUCCUGCAUCGCAGCAUUGACACUGAUCAAGCACUUUUGGCCAUGAAAAUCUGCAAGUCGCACCGUAAGGUAAUAUUAGCCACAAAUAUCGCUGAAUCAUCUGUCACAAUUCCAGAAGUGGCCUUUGUGAUUGAUUCAUGUCGAUCCUUACAAGUGUUUUGGGACCCCAUUAGGAAAAGUGAAGCAGCUGAGCUUGUGUGGGUGUCCAAGUCUCAGGCUGAGCAACGUAAGGGAAGGACUGGUCGAACAUGUGAUGGUCUGAUAUAUCGGUUGGUCACUGGAAAAUUUUACAAUAAUUUAAGUGAUCAUGAAUUUCCAGCAAUAUUAAGACUAUCAUUGAGGCAGCAGGUGCUCAUGAUGUGUUGUGCUGGAUCUAAAGCUAUUAAUGAUCCCAAAGCAUUGUUGCAGAAGGUUCUUGAUCCUCCUAAUCCCGAACUUGUUCAAGAUGCACUGGAUUUGCUUGUUCAAGUGCAUGCAUUAGAAGGGCCCUCUCAUAGGGGCCGGUAUGAGCCAACAUAUUAUGGCCGGUUGCUUGACAGUUUGCCCUUGCCUUUCGAGAGUUCUGUGCUCACCCUUAUGUUUGGUGAGAUUGGACUACUUCGAGAAGGAAUUCUCAUUGGCAUAUUAAUGGAUAUUCAGCCCCUGCCCAUCUUUCAACCUUUUGGCCAACAAGUUUUGUGCGCUCAGUAUUUGGACAACUAUUUUGAUGGUAUUGGUGGUGUUUUACAACUUGGCAAGAAAGAAGCUGCAUUCAUUGGAAAUUUGUGUGCGUUUCAAUUCUGGCAGCGGAUCUUCAAGGAUAAGCAACGAAUGGAAUGUCUAAAAUAUAUUGGUGUGGUUGAUGGGGCACAAACAUCAUUAGCAUUGAACCCUAUUCUUGAAGAAGAAUGGUGUUACUUGCACAAUUUGGUGCCGACAUCACUACAUAACAUUAAUGAUAUAUAUGAAGAUAUAGUCCAUGUGAUACAUAGAUAUCGGCCUAAAUUCAUUGGAGCAAACAGACUUCCCUCUUAUCUUGAGCCUUCUGAAUAUGUGCAUUUAUGUAAUAUCAAAGGCAACUUGGAAGAGGAUGAUGAUCACCAUCUCCAUCACCCAAUUACUGAGAGGAGCUGCAUUUCAACGCCAUUUGUCACUUCAACCGAUUUUCAGUCUACAGUUAUAGCUGAAAGAUUGAAAAAUUUUAUCAAAGAGAUGCGGCUGCAAUACUCGAAAGGUGUUCCUCAGAUUGAUGGUGAACCUGCUGUAAAUUUCAUGUCACAUAUUUUAAGUCCUGAACUCUGUAGAUUCUACAUCAAUGGGUUGUGCAACAAAGGAAAUCAGUGUGCUUUCUCUCAUUCCCUUGAGGCCAGGAGACCUAUUUGCAAGUUUUUCCUCACAUUGCAGGGAUGCCGUUAUGGAUCUUCAUGCUUAUAUUCACAUGAAUCUGGUCCUCGCAUUUCAAGCAUUCCAUCCCGCAUUUGCUGGCAAGAACAUGAGAUUCCUUCGGCAGAUUCCUUCCUGCAACUCUUGCCAGUUGCUGAUGAUAGCCUCAUUCUUAUAAUGAAUGAUAAGCAUCUAUUGUUCUCCUCUAGCUUCUCAUCCUAUUAUGCUCCUUCCGGUAUCAUCGUUACCACACCUCACCCAUAUGAUUCUGACUUGGAUGACUUGCCAAGUGAUGUCAUGGUAUUGUGGGAUGUGACCGAUUUUUGUCACUCGAUCAUUGAAACCAAAGAGAAAAUUCCGAUUCCUUGGAAAAAUGUCAAGACUGUGUUAUGGUUUCCCGAGUUAGAAGACGAUGAAGGAAAAACACUGUUCUCUCUUCUACAGAGUUUCUUCGAAUUCCUUGCAGUUAGAAUUUUGAUUGAUAGCUUGUGUGACGUGCGAGUUAUUCUGACUAUGAAUAACAUCAGAUUUUCCCUCCUAAAGGUGGAAAAACUAGCAAGGGAAUGCUUCUUCUUCCUCACCCAGUCAUUUCCUUUCGACGCGUCGACCUUUGGUGAUAUCCCGGACACAAUCAGUGCAGUGAGACCUAUGCAAUUGUCUAUGCCUAUCACAUAUGUUUUUGAGCUGCGCCCGCCACCUGAAGCUCGGUCCCGGGGCUACACUGCAGCCCUCCGCCAGAUCGUAUGCAGCAAAUAUUAAAUUUCGUAUUUUUUUUUUAACUUUUGUUCUAGACCGUUAAAAAUUUGCUCUAGUUUGUGCAUGUUGUGUUAUGGUGUAUUGGUGAAACUUGAAAGAAACUUUGUGAUAUGGAAAUUAUAUCUAUAUGUUUAUUGGCUAGUUAAUCCAUUUUAGUAUCUUCAAUUCAA